UAGCUUUAUGUUAUUUUAGAUUAUAAGCCUGCUGAGCAAGUUUCCCAUUUAGUAUUUUAAAGAAAAUACACGAAUGUCAGGUGAAAUGACCGGCAAGAAGUUUAGGGCCAUAGUGGGUCUCAUGAAAGUCCCAGAGCGCGAGCUUAUGGGCGAUAUUUUGUUGUGCGAGAGCUCUGAACCUUCACUUCCCGUUCACGUGAAUAUUGGUAAAUUUGUCCGUUUGGACGACGGCCAGUACCUCGAUACGGAGGACCGAGAUAAAGCUGUUAAGAGACGACAGCUUGCAAACGCAAAGGAGCGACUGCGGGUGAGGAGCCUGAACAGCAUGUUCUCGUACCUUCGCCGUAUUGUGCCAGUGAUGCCACAAGAUCGAAAGCCGAGUAAAGUGGACAUGCUGAAAGCUGCUACGGAGUACAUCCGGCUCCUCUCAGCGGUCCUCAAUCACACCUCUGCCACUGGAAAUGGGAAAACAAAUGUUUUUCUGGACACUGGAAUCAACUACUCAAGCAUGGAGAGUGAGUUUUCUGAUCUCUGGCGCAUGGAGGAUGCCCUGGAGGUGAAUCCCUUUCUAUCUGAGGGCGUGAGCUUGGCUCCCCCAAAUGUCACCAUGGCGACAGGAGCGGAUGAUGACAUUGAUCUCAACAACAUGACCGUACAGUGUGUCGUACCAAUGUACAUUGUUCAGGUCGGCUCAGAACAGCCGGCGGUAACGAGUACACUCUCGUCUUAGUGCCUUUGUCUGUGACUUCAAGAUAUUCAAUUCACGCUAUUUGUGUUUUUUAUCACUAAUAUUACUAAAAUAUUUGAAAUGUCAGCCAAGAUGAGUUUGGAUGGUUGACUGAUGCUGAGCUCUCAUGAGACUUUUAUUUUGUUGGAUUAUUUAUUUUCUCAGAAAUGUAAUGCACUCUGUUUAAUUUAUGGGAGGAAAAUCUCUAUACAGUUUAUUUUGAGGCUUUUCUGCUGCUUUAUGAUUUACAAAUAUGAAUAAAUUGUAAAUGCU